AUGGCCGAGUCUUCCUCCCACCCCGUUCCACAGCCUCCUCCGAUGGAAGUAGAUGACGACCACGCCACCGAGGUGGACGAUGACCCAACCUCGGACUAUGCGGAAGAUUUGGGCCCAAACGACGACAUACAGAACGAGCAACUGGACAUUGCUCACCAUAUGUUUACCAUGCUACUCGACAACCGCUUGGUCCUUGCGCCGAUCAACAAGAGCAUCCAAAAUGUCCUUGAUGUCGGCACUGGCACUGGUAUUUGGGCUAUCGAUUUUGCCGAUGAAUACCCAUCGGCUCAAGUCAUUGGCACCGAUCUUUCCCCCAUCCAACCUAGCUUUGUCCCACCCAAUCUCCGAUUUGAGAUCGACGAUGCGACAGAGCCCUGGGUUUACCCUGACAAUGAGUUCGACCUAGUCCACGUGCGUGCUCUGUAUGGGGCCAUUGCGGAUUGGCCCGCGUUCUACAGCAAUGCAUUGAGAACGCUGCGCCCCGGCGGUUGGUUCGAUCAGUUGGAGAUGUCCAUCCAGUUCACAUCGGACGAUGGCACGGUGACUGAAGAUCACGUCCUAGCGCAAUGGUCGAAGAUCUUCAUUGAAGCCGGCGAAAAGUUUGGGAAGACUUUCCGCAUUGCCGAGCUGGCCAAGGGCUACAUGCAAAGCGCGGGCUUUCAGAAUGUGACGGAACAACAGUUCAAACUGCCAAUUGGUCCGUGGAGCCGGGAUAAGAAGCUGAAGAAGCUAGGCCGGUGGAACUUGGUGCAUUGCGAACAGGGCAUUGAAGGAUGGGCUAUGGCGCUGCUGACUCGUGUUAUGGGCUGGACCUAUACAGAAGUGCAAGUCUUUUUGGCCAAGAUGCGGAAGGGAUUGCGGGACCCCAACACCCACGCCUAUUUCCGGGUCGUCGGAGUGUAUGGCCAGAAACCAUACUAG